CUGCAAACCCUUGGCCUUCUCUUAAUGAGCUUCAUGAUGUAGUCAUCUGAAAUGGUUUUCACUUCACAGGUGUGCCUUGUCAGGGUUAAUUUGUGGAAUAUCUUGUUGUGUUGUGCAGAAGUCAGGUUGGUACACAGCUGACAGCUCUAUUUGACAACUGUUAGAAUUCAUUUUAUGGCGAGAACCAAUCAGCUAAGUAAAGAGAAAUGACAGUCCAUCAUUAUUUUAAGAACUGAAGGGCAGUCUGCAAAAUUGCAAAAACUUUGAAUGUGUCCCCAAGUGCAGUUGCAAAAACCAUCAAGCGCUAUGAUGAAACUGGCUCCCAUGAGGACUGCCCCAGGAAAGGAAGACCAAGAAUCACCUCUGCAGCUGAGGAUAAGUUCAUCCGAGUUACCAGCCACAGAUAUCGCAAGUUAACAGCACCUCAGAUUAGAGCCCAGAUAAAUGCCACCCAGAGUUCUAGUAGCAGACACAUCUCUACAUCAACUGUUCAAAGGAGAUUGUGUGAAUCAGGCCUUUAUGGUCAAAUAGCUGCUAAGAAACCACUACUAAGGAAAUGCAACAAGCAGAAAAGAUUUGUUUGGGCCAAGAAGCACAAGGAAUGAACAUUAGACCAGUGGAAAUCUUUGCUUUGGUCUGAUGAGUCCAAAUUUGAGAUCUUUGAUUCCACCCGCCGUGUCUUUGUGCGACGCAGAAAAGGUGAAAGGAUGCGCUCUACAUGCAUGGUUCCCAUCGUUAAGCAUGGAGGAGGAGACGCGAUGGUGUGAGGAUGCUUUGCUGGUGACACUGUUUGGGAUUUAUAGGAAAAUGACCCCAAACACACCACCAGGCUGUGUAAGGGCUAUUUGACCAAGAAGGAGAGUGAUGCAGUGCUGCACCAGAUGACCUGGCCUCCACAGUCACCUGACCUAAACCCAGUCGAGAUGGUUUGAGAUGAGAUGGACCGCAGAGUGAAGGCAAAAGGACCAACAAGUGCUCAGCAUCUCUGGGAACUCCUUCAAGAUUGUUGGAAAACCAUUUCAGUUCAUAUCAACUUUUCUGCUGGCAACUCAGGAAAAGUCUCUCAGAACCAAGAUGAUAUGCAUGUCCUCCACAACAACCAGCUAGACCUGCGGGAGAUAGUGUUUGUCCUCCAGAGUCAAAGCAACUCCUUCCAUGUGAGGCAGGCAGAAAGACGGAGAGCAGAUCUACUGAAGCAGGCACAUGGUCUCACAGAGAAUCCACCGGUGGUUUUGUUUCUUCACAGUUUAUCAGAUAAUGAAGGAGAUUGGAGUAUCCUUCCUCUGCUGCCUUACUUAUCGUACUCCUUUGGGAAAAACUCAUCCUGGAUUGUAUUUCUUGAGGAGGAAACAAAUGUGAAGAUGGCUAAGCUCGUUCAAGUCCUUGCAAAAUUUGACAAGAAUAAAGAGUGGUUUCUGGGUAAGCCCCUCCGUGAUGAAGAGUCAACCAUCAUCCAUCACUAUGCCUUUGCAGAGAACCCCUCCAUCUUUAAAUAUCCUGACUUUGCCGCCGCCUGGGCCUUAAGCAUCCCCCUUGUUGUGCGGCUGGCAAACAAAGUGAGAGAUGAACCACUUAAGUCCGACUUCACCAUUGAUCUGAAACAUGAGGUAGCCUUGUAUAUCUGGAACAACGGGAACGGGCCACAGCUCACGGCUGUUCCUGAGCUGUGCACUGAGCCCGAGGACUCUCCUCACAUCAGCCACUGUGCCACCACUCUAAGCAGCGAGCUUCCACAUUGUGGGGAGCCUGUAAAAAAAGAAGAUAUAUUUGUUGCUGUGAAAACGUGUAGGAAGUUUCACAGUGAGAGAGUUCCAGUGAUAAAGAAGACUUGGGAAAAGGAUGCCUUAUUUUUAGAGUACUACAGUGACCACGCUGAUCCUUCAAUACCCACCAUAAAUAUAGGAGUACCGAAUACUGAAAGAGGCCACUGCGGGAAAACGUUUGCAAUCCUUCAGAGAUUUCUGAGCAGCUCUGUCCCAAACACCAAGUGGCUUGUUGUUGUGGAUGAUGACACCCUUAUCAGCCUCCCCCGACUGCAAGUCUUGCUGAGCUGUUAUAACCCCUCUGAACCAGUGAGUCUAGGAGAGAGGUACGGCUACGGCCUGAGCCAAGGCGGCUACAGCUACAUCACGGGAGGUGGAGGGAUGGUGUUCAGCAGGGAGGCUGUGGGCCGACUUCUUGACAGUGGCUGCAAGUGUUACAGCAAUGACGCGCCGGAUGACAUGGUGCUGGGAAUGUGCCUCAAUGCCCUUGGCCUUCCUGUCACACACAGUCCUCUCUUCCACCAGGCACGCCCAGAGGACUAUGCCAGAGACUUCUUAGCUCACCAGGUGCCCAUCUCUUUCCAUAAACACUGGAACAUCGACCCGGUUGCUGUUUUCAACAAAUGGCUUAAGGAUGACUUGGAGGCAAAAGCUUCAGAUGGACUCAAUAAGAAUGCUAAGAUGGAGUUAUAGUAAUUUUAAGCACACAGCGAGCCUGUAUGAAUAUGUAUGUAUGUGCAGUGUGUGUGUGUGUGUGUGUGUAUAUUAUGCUGUCAUGGAACUGAAAAUGUGUCCAUCACGAUAUAAAUGUUUUCACACUGUUGAUUCAGAGGGACCAUGCGAGUGUGUGUCCAUGACUUGAAUGUUUUCAUGACUGCAUGUUGAGAUUACUGUCAUUUUGGAAAUAUGGAUGUGUAUAUUUAUAUCAUAAGAAUCAUCCUCACCCCACAGAGGACAAUCAUCCUCUAUGGGAGAUACUGUAUCUUUCAAAAAGUAACACUAAUGCUGUACAAUGUGCUCUAUUUUGAAAUAAAAGUAUAAUUAUUUGA